CUUCCGCUUCGGGCGGUUUCCUUCCGCUUCAGAGAGAGGGAGACUCCCCUGAGGAAGUAGGUCCGGUGGCCUCAGGAGACGGUUGCCAGGGGCGGAGGCGGCGGUUGCCAGGGACGCUUCGGCCGGAGUCGGCGCUCGGGAUUUGAGAAGAGUCUGGAAAACCGGGAGGGGAGGCUGACAGCUGCGACAUGGACGACCUGCGAGUGGAAUGGAUCCGGGACCGGGUGUAUCUAGCCUUUCAGCUCGACAAUCCGGACUUUUUCGAGGAGCUGAUGACUCGGAACGACGGCGAGGCCGAGCAAGAGAUUCUGCACUUCUUGGACCAGAGCUCUGAGGAGGAGGGCCCCGCGACGAUCUUCUUCUUCCGCACCGUGGUGCCCGAGGAGGUGGACGUGGAGAUAGAAAUUCCAGGGGUUGCAUCAUCGGAAGAAGAAGAGGAGGAGGAUGAACAGCUUUCCCAAAUGACAGCAAUGGACAAAGGCACAGUUAAGCAAUCUCUUCGGAGUGAGUCAAAUAUUCAGAGUAACACAACUACAGAACAAGAAGUAGUAGAAAAACCCCCAGUCAAGAAAAUCAUUAAGCAGAUGGUUGACAGAUUGUAUCUUCAGAUGCGUUCUGAUUUUGUUCCCGAAGAAUAUUUGUACCAAAAUAUCGUUUACUUUCUCAGAAAUGUAAAAGAGACGAUUAAUGAAGGCAGUGAUAUGGCCGAAGCCAUGGAACUCAUGCCUGAAAAAAUUGAGUAUGGGAUACUGAAUGGGCAGGUUCUAGAAAUGCUUAAGAAUAUUUUACUUCAUGUUUUUAUGCCAGCUCUCUCCUUCAAUCAACAUAAGGGGGAAAGUGGAGGGGCACCCACCGUCACUUCAGGAUCUGAGACGCCUCCUGAGGAAGACCUGAAAUUGCCAGGGGAGACAGUAGAAUAUCACAGUGUCCAGCUGAUAAGGGAUGAAUUCCUAAUGAACCUGCAGAAAUUCACUAACCAUAUUCAGAGAACUAUACAGCAACUUGAAGGAGAAAUUAAGUUGCAGAUGCCAGCCAUUAGUCUGGACAGGGAUGUGAAGGAGAUUGCUACUGAGCCUGAGGCAGUGGAUUGUCUGGAACAAUGUGUGAUCAACUGGCUGAGUCAGAUCACCACUGCCAUAGAUCAACAGUUGAAAAAGACACCUCAGGGUAAUGGCCCGUUGGCAGAAAUAGAAUUCUGGAGGGAAAGAACCGCAACCUUUAGUGCUCUCCAUGAGCAGACCAAGCUGCCAACAGUGAAAAAAGUUAUAGAGAUUAUCAAGGAGGCCGACUCCCUGCUCGUUACCAACCUGAUGCCCAUCUUGAACGAUUUGUACAAAUAUCACAUAGAAGCUUCGGACAACGUUCGCUUUCUUUCCACAGUUGAGCGCCAUUUUAAGAAUUUAGCUCAUGGAGCUGGAUUUAAUGUUAUUUUGGACACGCUUCCUUCCAUGAUGAGUGCAUUGCGGAUGGUCUGGAUUAUCUCCAGGCACUAUAAUAAAGAUGAGCGGAUGAUCCCCCUCAUGGAGAGGAUUGCCUGGGAAAUUGCAGAGAGGGUGUCCCGAGUUGUGAACUUACGGACCUUGUUCAAAGAGAGUCGAUCAGCCGCACAAACCAAGGUAGCUGAGGCCAAGAGCACUCUUCUGCUGUGGAAAAAAUCUUAUUUUGAUGUCCGAGCCAAAAUUGAAGCCUCUGGAAGAGAAGCCCGAUGGGAAUUUGAUAGGAAACGCUUAUUCGAAAGAACGGACUACAUGGCCACAAUCUGUCAAGAUCUGUAUGAUGUUUUACAGGUUAUUGAGGAAUUUUACAACAUAUUUGGUCCAGAACUGAAAGCUGUGACCGGCGAUCCGAAGCGCAUUGAUGAUGUCCUUUGUAGGGUGGAUGGUCUUGUGAGUCCCAUGGAAGUGCUAACCUUUGACCCCUUUAGCAUCAAGUGUUCCCAGUUCUGGAAGUAUGUUAUAGAAGAUUUCAAGAUUGAAGUCCUGGUCAUUGAGAAAGAAGCCAAGAACUUUAUUGAUGAAUCCUUUAAGACUCUUCGCUCAGCUGAAGCCGCUUUUGACAUGCUUUUAAAGUUUAAGCACAUACGCUCCCGGGAGGCUAUAAAUAAGCAGAUGAUGAUGAAGUUCAAUGACAUUUUGAACCAGUAUUGUAAAGAGAUUGACAUAAUUAAUCGCAUAUUUAUUCUGAAUCUUGAUAGUCCACCUCUCUACAAGAAUCACCCACCAGUAGCUGGUGCCAUCUAUUGGGAACGCUCUCUCUUCUAUCGGAUUAAGCAUACCAUCCUUCGAUUUCAGGAAGUGGAGGAGAUGUUGGAUAGUGACAGAGGACGGGAAGUAAAACAAAAAUACCUGGAGGUGGGUAGGAGAAUGAAGGACUAUGAAGACAGGAAAUAUGAGCAGUGGAAAGACUGGACGGAGCAGAAUCUACCAAACCUUCUGAAAAAAAGCCUGCUUGCUAAAGCCCGUUCGACUGGACAAACAGUUCUAGAUUAUGGUGGACUGACAAUUUUGAUCAAUGAUGACACUGAGCCUACUCCAGAAAAGGGGACUUACUUUGUCAUCAAUUUUUCUCCUGCUCUUAAAGAGACAAUUAAUGAAACCAAAUACAUGGAACAGCUGGGGUUUGUUGUACCUGAAUUAGCGAGAAAUGUUGCACUUCAGGAGGACAAAUUUCUUAGGUACACAGAAGGAAUAAGACUUAUGUUGGAUCAUUAUUAUAAGCUUUUGGGGACAUUAAAUGAAGCAGAAGCUCAGCUUCUUGAUGAUCAAGCCUUGGAUUUAUUGAGAGUGUUCAAGGCUGGAUAUAAGAGAUUGAACUGGAAUUCACUGGGUAUUGCCGACUACCUCUUUCGCUGUAAGGAAGCCACGGGGAAAUUUGAGUCUCUUGUACACCAGGUUCAUAAAAAUUCUGAAGACAUCCAGAGCAGGAUUGGAUAUAUAGAAGCAAUAAAUCUCUUUAAAUACCCAGGUCCUAAAAGUGAUAGUGAACUUCCCGGUGUGAAGGAAUUCUUUGAAGGUAUUGAACUGAAAAGAGCAAGAGAUUUGGACCACAUGGUCAGGAAAUAUCUUGCCAUUGGGCCGCUGCUCACAAAAGUAGAGGGUCUCGUGAUACAUACAAACACAGGCAGGUCAUCCAAGCUGGCUCCUUACUAUUUGUACUGGGAAAAUAAAAUUUACGAGGCCUUGACAAGAUUAGUCCUAAAGAAUUUGCAGUCAUUCAAUGCUUUAAUUCUUGGGAAUGUCCCUUUAUUUCAAACUGAAACGAUUUUAAGCGCUCCUGAGAUAAUUCUUCAUCCCACCGCAACUGAGAUAGACAAAUUGUGUGUCCAUUGUGUCAGAGACUGUGUCGAAGUCACUAAGCAUUUUAUCCGCUGGAUGCAUGGCUCCUGCAUUGAGUGUCCCCCCCAGAAAGGCGAGGAAGAAGAGCUUGUUGUAAUAAGUUUUUAUGAUGAUAUAUUCCUGAACCCCCAUAUCAUGGAGCAGGCCAUCAUGAUCCCCCAGAAUGUGCACCGGGUCCUGAUCAGUCUCAUGAAGUACCUGAAUAAGUGGAAGCGCUACCGGCCCCUUUGGAAGCUGGAUAAGGCCAUCGUCAUGGAGAAGUUUGCUGCCAAGAAGCCCCCGUGUGUGGCCUAUGAUGACAAGCUACAGUUCUACUCCAAGAUCGCUUAUGAAGUGACACGGCAGCCACUGAUCAGGGAUGACCAGUGCAUUCGCCUUCAGCUGGGGCCAUUGGCCUAUACCGUUCAGGAGAGUGCCAGGUCCUGGGUGGUUUCUCUGGGGAGACUCCUUAGUGAGUCAGCAAAGGAAGAGCUGAUUCUUCUCCAUGAGGAGCUUGAGACUUUAAGAAAAAAUCUCCAGCGGCCUCCCACUAGUCUUGAAGACCUUAAAUUUGUCCUUGCAACAAUUGCUGAAAUUAGAAGCAUCUCGUUUGCAGUGGAAGUGAGAUAUAAGGAUAUUCAAGAGAGAUACCGGACGAUGGCACUAUAUGACCUCUAUCCUACUGAAGCGGAGGGGGAAAUGGCUUCACAAAUCGAGGAGGUGUGGAAAAGUCUGUUUACAGAAUCAUUGGAAGUGGAACACUCUCUUGGGGGCAUAAAGAAGACAUUCACAGAGAUCACUCGCACUCAAAUUUCAGACUAUAAGCAUGAAAUACAGGACUUUGCAAAACGUUUUAAUAAGGAAGGCCCUGGUUCUGUUGGCGAAGAUCUUGAUAAAGGAGUGGAACUCUUAUCUGUUUUUGAGAAGGAGCUACAUGUACAUGAAAAAAACCGCCAGGAGCUGGCUAAUGCUGAAAAGCUCUUUGAUCUUCCAAUCACCAUGUAUCCAGAAAUGCUGCAAGUACAGAGGGAAAUGGCUGGGCUGAGGCAAAUCUAUGACAUUUAUACAGCCCUGAAGGCUGCCAAAGAAGAAUGGUCUCAGACAUUGUGGGUUAAUCUGAAUGUUCAGUUUCUCCAGGAAGGAAUUGAAAACUUCCUCAAAGCAAUUAGAAAACUUCCCAGGAAUGUGCGAAGCCUAUCUGUUGCCUUUUAUUUGGAAUCUAGAAUGAAGGCCUUUAAAGAUUCCAUACCUUUGCUUCUCGACUUGAAGAAUGAAGCUCUGAGAGAGAGACACUGGAAAGAACUUAUGGAAAAAACGGGCAUAUUUUUCGAGAUGACAGAUACAUUUACUCUGGAAAAUAUGUUUGCCAUGGAACUUCACAAACAUACAGAUGUUAUCCAGGAGAUUGUAGUCUCUGCAGUCAAGGAAAUCACUAUUGAGAAGGGUGUCAAGGACAUAUUAGACACAUGGGAAAAUAUGAAAUUUACUGUCAUUAAAUACUUUAAAGGAACUCAAGAGCGAGGAUUCAUUUUGGGAUCAGUAGAUGAAAUUAUUCAAUCCCUUGAUGAUAACACUGUCAAUCUCCAGAGCAUUUCAGGAAGCAGAUUUGUGGGACCCUUUCUGUCAACUGUGCACAAAUGGGAAAAAACUCUCUCCUUAAUUGGUGAAGUUAUUGAGAUAUGGAUGAUAGUCCAGAGGAAAUGGAUGUAUCUGGAAAGCAUAUUUAUUGGUGGUGAUAUACGCUCACAACUACCAGACGAGGCAAAGAAAUUUGACAACAUUGACCGGAUCUUUAAAAGGAUAAUGACGGAGACUGUGAAAGACCCCGUCAUCAAGAGAUGCUGCGAAAUGCCAAAUCGACUGACUGAUCUGCAUAAUAUAAAUGACGGGCUUGAGAAAUGCCAGAAAAGCCUCAACGACUAUCUGGACUCAAAGAGAAACGCCUUCCCGCGAUUCUUCUUCAUCUCGGAUGAUGAGCUGCUCAGUAUCCUUGGCAGCAGCGACCCGCUCUGUGUCCAGGAGCACAUGAUAAAGAUGUACGACAACAUCGCAUCCCUGAAAUUUCAAGAUGGUGACAGUGGGGAAAAACUGGUAUUGGCAAUGGUUUCCGCAGAAGGAGAAAUGAUGAAUUUCCGUAAGAUAGUGCGCGCGGAGGGGCGUGUGGAGGACUGGAUGACGGCAGUUUUGCAUGAGAUGAGAAGAACGAAUAGAUUAAUUACCAAAGAAGCUAUUUUUCGGUACUGUGAAGAUAAAACCAGAGUCGAAUGGAUGUUGCUCUACCAAGGCAUGGUGGUGUUGGUUGCCAACCAAGUGUGGUGGACUUGGGAGGUGGAAGAUGUCUUUCGAAAAAUAAAGAAAGGAGAAAAGCAGGCGAUGAAAGCGUAUGGCCAGAAAAUGCACAGUCAGAUUGAUGAACUGGUAACUCAGAUCACCAAACCCUUAAGCAGAAAUGACAGAAAAAAAUACAAUACUGUUCUCAUCAUUGAUGUGCAUGCCAGAGACAUAGUCGAUUCAUUUAUAAGAGGCAGUAUUCUUGAAGCUAGAGAAUUUGAAUGGGAAAGUCAGUUGCGCUUUUAUUGGGAUCGAGAACCGGAUGAAUUGAUUGUCCGUCAAUGUACUGGAACUUUUGGCUAUGGUUAUGAGUAUAUGGGUCUGAAUGGACGUCUGGUCAUUACGCCAACUACAGACCGCAUCUAUUUGACGCUCACCCAGGCGUUGUCCAUGUACUUGGGUGGGGCCCCAGCAGGCCCAGCAGGGACAGGCAAAACGGAGACCACCAAAGACCUCGCCAAGGCCUUGGGCUUGCUUUGUGUAGUGACCAACUGCGGAGAAGGCAUGGAUUACAAAGCUGUUGGAAAGAUUUUCUCUGGCCUGGCCCAGUGUGGUGCUUGGGGCUGUUUUGAUGAGUUCAACCGUAUAGAUGCUUCUGUGCUUUCAGUCAUCUCCUCCCAGAUACAGACUAUUCGCAAUGCUCUGAUCCAUCUGUUAACAACAUUUCAGUUUGAAGGCCAAGAAAUUUCUCUGGAUUCUCGCAUGGGCAUCUUUAUCACCAUGAAUCCGGGCUAUGCUGGCCGGACAGAACUUCCUGAGUCAGUGAAGGCUUUGUUCAGGCCUGUGGUCGUGAUCGUGCCAGAUCUUCAACAGAUCUGUGAGAUCAUGCUCUUCUCUGAGGGAUUUCUUUUGGCAAAGACGCUGGCCAAAAAGAUGACUGUGCUGUACAAACUGUCCCGGGAACAGCUGUCCAAACAACACCAUUAUGACUUUGGACUGAGGGCUCUUAAAUCAGUGUUAGUGAUGGCUGGUGAACUAAAGAGAGGAUCUGCUGAACUUAAAGAGGAUGUGGUCUUGAUGAGGGCUCUCAGAGACAUGAAUCUUCCCAAGUUUGUGUUUGAAGAUGUUCCUCUUUUCCUUGGCUUGAUUUCUGACUUGUUUCCUGGACUCGAUUGCCCUCGAGUUCGCUACCCCAGCUUCAAUGAUGCAGUAGAACAAGUAUUAGAGGAAAAUGGUUACAUCGUUUUACCAAUUCAGGUAGAUAAAGUGGUUCAAAUGUAUGAGACCAUGUUGACUCGCCAUACUACUAUGGUGGUUGGACCUACCAGAGGUGGCAAGACAGUCGUCAUUAACACUUUAUGCCAGGCCCAGACAAAGCUUGGCUUAGUGACGAAGCUCUACAUACUAAACCCCAAGGCUAUGAGCGUGAUCGAAUUAUACGGCAUUUUGGAUCCUACUACUCGAGACUGGACGGAUGGAGUUCUGUCAAACAUCUUCAGGGAAACCAAUAAGCCAACUGACAAGAAAGAGAGAAAAUACAUUUUAUUUGAUGGUGAUGUGGAUGCACUCUGGGUAGAAAAUAUGAAUUCGGUGAUGGAUGACAACAAGCUACUGACCUUGGCAAAUGGAGAACGCAUCCGGCUUCAGGCUCAUUGUUCUCUGUUGUUUGAGGUUGGGGACUUACAAUAUGCGUCGCCCGCCACUGUCUCCCGAUGUGGGAUGGUUUAUGUUGAUCCUAAAAACUUGAAAUAUGAGCCUUACUGGAACAUGUGGGUUAAUCAAAUCACCAACAAGCAAGAGCAAAAAGUUUUGGACCAACUCUUCAAGAAGUAUUGCCCCUACCUUCUUGACGUGAUUGUGGAAGGAAUAGUAGAUGGCAGGCAAGGAGAGAAGCUUAAGACUAUAGUUCCUCAGACAGAUCUAAAUAUGGUGACUCAGUUAACCAGGAUGUUGGAUUCCUUGCUUGAAGCAGAAAUAGAAGAAACGGAAAUCUUGGAAUGUUUCUUCUUGGAGGCCCUUUACUGCUCCUUGGGGGCCUCCCUCCUUGAUGAUGGGAGACUAAAAUUUGAUGAAUGUGUUAAAAGAAUUUCCUCCAUGUCAACAGUAGCUGAAGAUGAAGACUGGGCCAAGCCUGGUUCAUUGCCAGGUCAGCUUCCAACACUGUAUGACUUCCAUUUUGAUUACAAAAAGAAGAGGUGGCUCCCAUGGAGCAGACUGGUUCCUGAGUACAUUCAUGACCGAGAACAGAAAUUUAUUGACAUCCUGGUUCACACAGUGGAUACCACCCGUACAACCUGGUUGCUGGAGCAAAUGGUUAAAAUUAAGCACCCUGUUAUUUUUGUGGGUGAAUCUGGUACCUCUAAGACAGCUACUACCCAGAACUUCUUAAAGAAUUUGAACCAAGACCUCUAUAUUGUACUCAUCGUUAAUUUCUCUUCUCGUACCACCUCCAUGGAUAUCCAAAGGAACUUGGAGGCGAAUGUUGAGAAGAGAACCAAAGACACUUAUGGACCGCCAAUGGGGAAACGUCUCCUGGUGUUCAUGGAUGAUAUGAAUAUGCCAAAGGUUGAUGAGUAUGGCACUCAGCAACCCAUAGCUUUGCUGAAGCUCCUUUUGGAGAAGAGUUACCUUUAUGACCGCGGGAAGGAGAUGAAUUGUAAAACCCUUAAAGACCUUGGUUUCAUUGCUGCAAUGGGAAAGGCUGGAGGAGGCCGUAAUGAAGUUGACCCAAGAUUUAUUUCUCUCUUCAACGUUUUCAAUGUACCAUUUCCUUCUGAGGAGUCUUUGCAUCUAAUUUAUUCCUCCAUCUUGAAAGGCCAUACCAAGGUGUUUACGGAACAGAUUGCUUGGAUAAGUGACUUAUUGACUACCUGCACACUGAUGCUUUACCAACUGAUUGUCCAGGAUCUGCCUCCCACGCCUUCCAAGUUCCAUUACAUCUUUAACCUUCGAGAUCUCUCAAGAGUAUUUAAUGGUCUUGUCCUCACCAACCCCGAGCGGUUUCAGACAGAAGCACAGAUGGUGAGAGUCUGGAGAAAUGAGUGUUUGAGAGUUUUUCACGACAGAUUAAUUAAUGAAUUUGACAAGUCCUUGGUACAAGAACACCUUCAGACCUUGAUUAAGGACAAUUUUGAGGCAGAUUUGGACUUUGUCAUGAGAAAUCCUAUACUCUUUGGAGAUUUUAGAAUGGCUUUGAAUGAAGGAGAGCCUCGGAUUUAUGAAGACAUCCAGGACUAUGAAGCUGCAAAAGCUCUUUUCCAGGAGAUUCUUGAAGAAUAUAAUGAAAGUAAUACCAAGAUGAAUUUAGUUCUUUUUGAUGACGCUUUGGAACACCUGAUUCGAGUCCAUCGAAUUAUUCGAAUGAAUGGAGGACAUGCGCUCCUAGUUGGGGUGGGGGGCUCUGGAAAGCAGUCCUUGGCAAGGCUGGCAGCCUUUACCGCUGGCUGUGAGGUAUUUGAAAUUGUUCUGAGUCGAGGCUAUUCUGAAUCUAAUUUCCGAGAUGAUCUCAAGAACCUCUAUACAAAACUUGGAAUUGAGAACAAGUUAAUGAUUUUCUUAUUCACAGAUGGCCAUGUGGCAGAAGAAGGUUUCUUAGAGCUCAUCAACAAUAUGUUAACAUCAGGAAUUGUGCCAGCGCUUUUUGCGGAUGAUGAAAAAGACAGUAUUCUAGGUCAGAUUGGACAAGAAGCUGCUAAAGCAGGGGCAGGAUUGGCUAAAGAAAGUGUCUGGCAAUAUUUUGUCAACAAGAGUGCAAAUAACCUUCACAUUGUCCUUGGCAUGUCCCCAGUUGGUGAUACAUUGAGAACACGAUGCCGAAAUUUUCCAGGUCUGGUAAAUAAUACAGGCAUUGACUGGUACUUGCCGUGGCCUCCCCAAGCCUUACAAGCUGUUGCUGAGUCAUUUUUAGGAGAAAAUCCAAUGGUCCCAUUAGAUUACAUGGAAGAUGUGGUAAAACACAUUGUUAUGGUCCAUGAGUCUGUUGGUCAUUUCAGUAAAAAAUUCCUUCAAAAACUGAGGCGAAGCAACUAUGUCACUCCCAAGAACUACCUCGAUUUUAUCAACACCUAUUCCAAGUUACUGGAUGAGAAAACUCAAUUCAACAUAGCACAGUGCAAACGUCUGGAAGGAGGACUGGAUAAGCUGAAAGAAGCCACCAUUCAGCUAGAUGAGUUGAAUGUGAAGCUCGCAGAACAGAAGAUCGUGCUAGCGGAGAAGUCGGCUGCCUGUGAGGCUUUGCUGGAGGAGAUCUCGACCAACACAGCAAUAGCGGAGGAGAAGAAAAAGCUUGCUGAAGAAAAAGCCAUAGAGAUAGAGGAACAAAAUAAGAUCAUUGCUGUGGAGAAAUCAGAGGCCGAAACAGCCCUGGAGGAAGCCAUGCCCAUCUUAGAGGCAGCCAAGCUGGAGCUGCAGAAGCUGGACAAGUCAGACGUCACAGAGAUCAGGUCUUUUGCGAAGCCUCCUAAGCAGGUGCAGACAGUUUGCGAGUGUAUUCUGAUUAUGAAGGGCUACAAAGAACUCAACUGGAAGACAGCCAAAGGCAUGAUGUCUGACCCAAAUUUCUUGAGGUCUCUCAUGGAGAUGGAUUUUGAUUCCGUGACCCAGAGCCAAGUCAAAAACAUACGUGCACUCUUGAAGAAUCUCAAUACAACCUUUGAAGAAAUGGAGGCUGUAAGCAAAGCAGGAUUGGGCAUGCUGAAGUUCGUUGAAGCUGUGAUGGGUUACUGUGAUGUUUUUAAAGAAAUCAAACCCAAAAGAGACAAGGUGGCAAGGCUGGAACGGAACUUUUUCCUCAGUAAAAGAGAACUGGAAAGAAUUCAGAAUGAGCUGGCCACGCUUCAGGCUGAACUAGAAGCUUUGGGAGCCAAAUACGAGGCAGCCAUAUUGGAAAAGCAACAGCUCCAAGAAGAAGCAGAGAUCAUGGAACGGCGGCUGAUUGCGGCCGACAAGUUGAUCUCUGGCUUGGGCUCAGAAAACGUGAGAUGGCUGGCUGAUUUAGAAGAGUUGAUGCACCGACGAUUCAAGCUGUUGGGGGACUGUCUGCUUUGCUCUGCUUUCCUGAGCUAUGAAGGGGCUUUCACCUGGGAGUUCCGAGACGAGAUGGUGAAUACUGUGUGGCAAGGAGACUUACUGGAACGGGAAAUUCCCCUGAGCCAGCCCUUCCGAUUAGAAAGCCUGCUCACAGAUGACGUGGAGAUUAGUAGGUGGGGCUCUCAGGGCCUGCCUCCUGAUGAGCUCUCUGUUCAGAAUGGUAUUCUCACCACUCGAGCCAGUCGUUUCCCUUUGUGUAUUGAUCCCCAGCAACAAGCCCUAAACUGGAUAAAGAGAAAGGAAGAAAAAAACAACCUCCGGGUUGCUUCUUUUAAUGACCCUGAUUUCCUCAAACAGCUGGAAAUGUCCAUAAAGUAUGGUACCCCUUUCUUGUUCCAAGAUGUGGAUGAAUAUAUUGACCCAGUGAUUGAUAAUGUAUUAGAAAAAAAUAUCAAAAACGUUCAAGGACGGCAGUUUAUCAUAUUGGGAGACAAGGAAGUUGAUUAUGAUUCAAAUUUCAAACUCUAUCUGAAUACCAAGCUGGCCAAUCCCAGAUAUUCUCCAUCUGUAUUUGGGAAAGCCAUGGUGAUCAACUACACUGUCACAUUGAAAGGCCUCGAGGAUCAGCUACUCAGUGUCAUUGUGGCCUAUGAGAGAAGAGAACUUGAGGAACAAAGAGAGCACCUCAUCCAGGAAACGAGUGAAAACAAAAACUUGCUCAAAGAUUUGGAAGAUUCCCUCCUCCGAGAACUGGCAACCUCCACAGGCAACAUGUUGGAUAAUGUGGACUUGGUACAAACCCUUGAGGAGACAAAGAUGAAAGCUACCGAGGUGUCAGAGAAACUCAAACUGGCUGAAAAGACAGCAGUAGACAUUGACCGACUGCGUGAUGGUUACCGGCCUGCUGCCAAGAGGGGUGCCAUCUUGUUCUUUGUUUUAUCAGAAAUGGCGCUUGUUAACACCAUGUAUCAGUAUUCACUGUCUGCCUUCUUAGAUGUCUUUGUUUUCUCACUUAAGAAAUCAGUGCCCGAUUCUUUCCUUCCAAGGAGAUUAAAACACAUCAUGGACACCCUCACUUUCAAUGUCUACAACUAUGGCUGCACAGGGCUGUUUGAAAGACACAAGCUGCUCUUUUCUUUUAACAUGACGAUCAAGAUAGAGCAAGCAGAUGGCAGGGUCCCUCAGGAAGAGCUUGACUUCUUUUUGAAAGGAAACAUUUCCCUGGAGAAGAGCAAGCGAAAGAAGCCUUCCUCUUGGCUGGCUGACCAGGGCUGGGAAGACAUUAUUCUUUUAUCUGAGCAGUUUCCAGAUGACUUUGGGAAACUUCCUGAUGACCUAGAGCAACAGGAUGAUGUGUGGAAAGCGUGGUAUGACCUGGAUUCACUGGAACAGUUUCCAUUCCCCCUGGGCUAUGAUACUCGUGUGACCAAUUUCCAGAAGCUGCUUAUUCUGCGAUGUUUCCGAGUGGACCGAGUCUAUCGGGCAGUGACUGACUACGUGACUGUGACCAUGGGGGAGAAGUACGUCCAACCUCCAAUGAUCAGCUUUGAAGCUAUUUUUGAACAGAGCACUCCAAACUCACCUAUUGUUUUCAUUCUGAGUCCCGGCUCUGACCCUGCUAGUGAUCUUAUGAAAUUAGCUGACAGAUGUGGCUUUGGAGGAAAUCGCCUCAAAUUCCUUGCAAUGGGUCAAGGGCAAGAAAGGGUGGCAUUGCAGCUGCUGGAGACCGCUGUGGCCCGGGGGCAGUGGCUGAUGCUACAGAACUGCCAUCUUCUUGUCAAAUGGCUAAAGGACCUGGAGAAGUCUCUGGAGAGAAUCACGAAGCCCCACCCAGACUUCCGCCUGUGGCUCACCACUGACCCUACUAAAGGUUUCCCGAUUGGAAUCCUGCAGAAAUCCUUAAAGGUAGUCACUGAGCCACCCAAUGGCCUGAAGUUGAACAUGCGGGCAACAUACUUCAAGAUCAGUCAUGAUAUGCUGGAGCAGUGCCCUCAUCCCGCCUUCAAGCCUCUGGUCUAUGUGCUGGCCUUUUUCCAUGCAGUUGUGCAGGAGAGAAGAAAGUUUGGCAAGAUUGGAUGGAAUGUGCCCUAUGACUUCAAUGAGUCAGAUUUCCAGGUCUGCAUGGAAAUCUUGAACACAUAUUUGACAAAAGCCUUCCAGCAAAAUGACAACAAGAUCCCGUGGGGGAGUCUCAAGUAUCUCAUUGGAGAGGUCAUGUAUGGGGGCCGGGCUAUCGAUAGCUUUGACCGGCGCAUCCUGACCAUCUACAUGGAUGAGUAUCUGGGGGAUUUCAUCUUUGAUACCUUCCAGCCAUUCCACUUCUUCAAAAAUAAGGAUGUAGAUUACAAAAUCCCAGUGGGUGACAACAAGGAUAGUUUUGUAGAAGCAAUAGAGGCGCUUCCACUCGCCAACACGCCAGAGGUGUUCGGGCUCCAUUCCAACGCUGAGAUCGGAUAUUACACCCAGGCUGCUCGAGACAUGUGGUCCCACCUGUUGGAGCUACAGCCACAGACAGGGGAAUCCGGCUCCGGCAUCAGCCGGGAAGAUUACAUUGCCCAGGUGGCCCAGGACAUCGAAAACAAAAUGCCCAAAGUGUUUGACUUGGACAGUAUCCGCAAACACCUGGGCCUGGGCAUCUCCCCCACAACCGUGGUCUUGCUGCAAGAGCUGGAGCGCUUUAACAAACUGACCAUCCGGAUGAUGAAAUCUUUGGCCGAACUCCAGAGGGCCUUGGCUGGGGAGGUUGGGAUGAGCAACGAGCUGGACGACGUGGCCCGGGCCCUUUUUAUUGGGAACAUCCCUGGCAUCUGGAGGAAACUUGCCCCGGACACCUUGAAGACCCUGGGAAACUGGAUGCUGUACUUCUUGCGGAGGUUUGCUCAGUACACAACUUGGAUUUUAGAGAGUGACCCCAAUGUGAUGUGGCUGUCGGGGCUGCACAUCCCCGAGUCCUACCUCACAGCACUGGUGCAGGCCACCUGUCGGAAGAAUGGGUGGCCCUUGGACCGCUCCACCUUGUUUACCCAAGUGACAAAGUUCCAAGAUGCAGACGAGGUGACUGACCGAGCAGGGCAAGGAUGCUUUGUGUCCGGCCUCUAUCUGGAGGGUGCUGACUGGGACCUAGAGAAGGGCUGCCUUAUCAAGAGCCAGCCCAAGGUCCUGGUGGUGGACUUGCCCGUCCUGAAGAUAAUCCCCAUCGAAGCCCAUCGUCUCAAACUGCAGAAUACCUUCCGGACCCCUGUCUACACCACCUCUAUGAGAAGAAAUGCAAUGGGGAUUGGCUUAGUUUUUGAGGCCGAUCUUUUCACCACGAGGCACAUUUCACACUGGGUGCUACAGGGAGUAUGCCUCACCUUGAAUUCCGAUUAACUCUUGACUAGGAGAAACUGAAUUUCCAUUUCUAAGUUUAAAUGAUGGCGAUGGAUAUUUUGGGAACUCAUGAAGAACCAGGAAACUUAGAAUCAUUUCUUAAGCAUCAAGGCUCAGAUGUACAUUUUUUUCUAUUACAAUAGAUGAUUCAUUGACAGUUUUGUAAUCUGAAAAUAAUGGUUCCCUCCCCCCAAGAGAGCCACCAAGGAGUAAUUCACUAAUACAAAUCAAGGUGAGGUGGUUUAACUUAAUCUAGAUUUUCUUUUUUAUGAUUUGUUGUGUUUGGGAAAUAAACACGAUCAAAGGAUUUC